AGUAGCUACAGAUAGACAGAUAGCAGCAGAGAGAGAGAGACAGACUGGGAAAGUGAAUAAAGUCUGCUGCUAAUGUGGGGAAGAGACCAGAAGACAAAGAGAAAGUGUGUACAAGGGAAAGUUUUUUUUUUUUAAUCAGCUUUUCCAUCAUUUAUUUUUGCUGUCUGGUCUGUUUUCUUCAUUUUAUCUGCUCAGUGCUUCCCCACCUUAAAGUUAGAUUUUUAGAGAGUGUGGGUGAGUGUGUGUUUUUAUGUGUGUGUGAUAUAUAAGUCAUGGAACUGGAGCGUUUAGGUGGCGGCGGGGUUAAACCUGAGAGGGGCAACACUCGUCUCUACAGGAUAGCACUGGCCAUGUGUGUGUGUCUCUGUGCCGCUCUGCUGCUUGCACUUGUACUGGUCUCUCAAAAAUCUAGUCAGGAGGAGUUUUGUCUGAGCCCAGAAUGCAUUGAAGCAGCGGGGUCUGUUCUUAGUAAAAUGGAUCAGUCCGUUAACCCCUGCGAAGACUUCUAUAGUUUCUCCUGUGGCGGUUGGUUAAAGGAGAACCCGAUCCCUGAGGAUUCCUCCUCGUAUGGCAUCUACCCCUGGCUGCGGCAGCAUGUAGAUAUCCGACUGAAAGAGUUACUAGAAGCUCCUUCGGACCCUGAUGAACUGGAGGCAGUGACCAAAGCUAAGAUCCUCUACCGUUCCUGUAUGAAUGAGACUAUACUGGAGCAGAUGGACACCAAACCGAUGCUGAAAACACUUAAACAGCCUGAGUUUCGGUGGCCUGUUGUGGGAGAUGGGCUCGGCGGGGAGUAUCAGUGGUCGGCGGGGCAGUGGAGCCUCCUGAAGACACUGGCAGAGAUGAGGAACCAGCACAGUAAGAGCGUCCUGAUUCGCCUGUACGUCUCCCCCGAUGACAAAAACUCCUCACACUACAUCAUCAAGCUCGAUCAGGCGUCCUUGUCUCUGCCCUCCAGGGAAGACUACAUCACCAACACUUCCUCUGCCCGGGCGUAUCGUGCGGCCUUGCUGAGUUUGAUGGUAGAUAUAGCCAUCAUGCUGGGCGCUCCAGAGAAAGAAGCACUGAACCAGAUGGAAAAGGCUCUUGCCUUCGAGACCAAACUGGCUCAUAUCCUGAUUCCCUAUGAAAACCGCACCAGUGAGAACAUGUACAACAGACAAACACUCUCUCGUCUGCAGCGCUCCAUACCACAGUUUGAUUGGCUGGAUUUUGUAAAAGCUGUGGUGGAGUCUAAAGUUGACCCGGCUCGGUCCAUCUCCUCCUCUGAGCCCGUCAUCGUCCGAGCUCCGCAGUACUUCAGGGAACUUUUCAAGCUCAUUAACACCACAGAUCCCAGGACUGUAGCUAACUACGUGCAAUGGAGGACCGUUUUUUCCAGGAUCACCACUCUGAGUCGUCGUUUCCUUUACAGAUACCUGGACUACGCUCGGGUAACAACGGGAACCACCUCUCUGACUCCGCGCUGGGAUAAGUGUGUUAAUUACGUUGAGAACUCGCUUGUUUAUGCCACCGGGCGCCUCUUUGUCAACACACACUUCCAGGAGGACAAGAAACACAUGAUGGAGGAGUUGAUCGAGGGCAUUCGCUGGGCGUUCAUCGACAUGCUGGAGAAGGAGAACGACUGGAUGGAUCAACCAACGAAGAAGAGAGCCAUAGAGAAGGCUCAUGCAGUCCUGGCUAAGGUUGGCUACCCUGAGUUUAUUCUCAACGAUACCUACCUCAAUGAAGAUUUAAAGCAGCUAGCGUUCAGUGAGAAGGACUACUACGGGAACGUGAUGCAGACGUUGAAGUUCAUCGCCCAAUCUGAUAUCGCCUGGCUCCGAAAGAGCGUCCCACGUACAGAGUGGUUUACAAACCCAACAACUGUGAAUGCCUUCUACAGUUCCUCCACAAAUCAAAUCAGAUUCCCCGCUGGAGAGCUUCAAAAACCCUUCUUCUGGGGAAGAGAGUAUCCAAGAUCUUUAAGUUAUGGUGCCAUUGGGGUAAUAGUAGGACACGAGUUAACACACGGCUUUGACAAUAACGGUCGCAAGUAUGACAAAAAUGGCAACCUUGACCAGUGGUGGAGCAACUUGUCUGUAACAAGCUUCACUGAGAAGACCCAGUGUAUGAUUGACCAGUACAAUGGCUACCACUGGGAGGAGGCAGGCCUAAAUGUGCGAGGCAAGAGGACUCUGGCAGAAAACAUAGCAGACAAUGGAGGAAUAAGAGAGGCUUUUAGGGCGUACAGGCGGUGGGUAGAUGAGAGCAGAGGUGGUGUGGAGGAGCCUCGGCUGCCUGGAGUCGGACUGAACAACAACCAACUGUUCUUCCUGAGCUAUGCACAUGUGAGAUGCAACUCAUACAGACCAGAAGCAGCCAGGGACCAGAUCCAGAGUGGAGCUCACAGUCCACCAAAAUAUAGAGUUAUCGGUGCGAUGAGUAACUAUGAAGAGUUUCGGAAAGUGUUCAGCUGUCCUGAGUCAUCAAUUAUGAACCGAGGCGCACAGUCCUGCCGGGUGUGGUGACCUUUGGCAUCAGCUUGACCCUAAAAACCAGGCCAGAGCUGUCAGCAGGACGUCUGUUGGAAAGGCUGAUAAUGCUGGACUUAGCCAACAUAGUUUACAUUAUGUGGGAACAAUGAAGCAAAAAUGAAGCAAAGUUGUUCUCACUGAAAAAAUACACCGUAACGCAUAAACAGACUGACUAUUGUAUAUUGUUACUUCACAGGUACAUUUACUGCAUAUGUUGCAGUAACUGGAUAAAUUAUGACUGAAGCCGUUUGUUAAGGACCAUAAUUUAUGGAUUAUAGAAAUGUUGUGAAAAAACAGCCCCUUUUUACAACAACAGCGCUAUAUGUACUGUGUAAUGUGUGACUUGAUGAAGCUAGAAGCUUUCUUAUGGGAAUAAAAACUGUAUAUAUUAAAAUAAA